CGGACUAAUAAAGCUCAAGUGAUGGCAUCGUCAAUCGUUCGACUGGAGGACAUUCCAAACCUGCAGCAGCAGAUCGAAUCUCGCUGGUCGGAGUUGCACGACGCCAGCCAGCAACGAGGAGGUGUUUUUCGCUAUCAGCUGUCAAUCGAGCGGGAACGAGUGACCGACGGGAGCGCCGCUUUUCUUCUACAGCUCAAUCGGCAACGUACGACGGAGCGACGGCAGCCGGACAUCAUGGCCGGUCUGACGCCACCGUUCGAUCCCGAACGGUUCAAUUUUAACAAAGUGGAUUCACGGGAGUUGAUGCUGGAGUUUACGGUUGGUAACGUUGGAACACCGUUGGUUUCGAUUUUGAUCAACAAUAGUCCCCUGACGAGGAAUCACGUUCUGAUCGUUCCCGACCGAAGGCGGAACCUACCGCAAGUGCUAACCGAAGACGGUUUAACGGCAGCGGUUCAGCUGCUGUUAAACCUGCAGGAUCGCGACUACCGGGUGGUUUACAACAGUCCCGGAGCGUUAGCUUCGGUGAAUCAUCUCCAUUUGCAUCUGCUGCACGUUAAGCACAAGUUGUAUGUUGAAGAUGCCUGUCUCACCGAACUGGGAAACGGCUUGUAUCGGAUGGACAACCAACCGGCGAAAGCCUAUUGCUCGGUGUUCGACGCACUCGCGGGGACCACCGUCUCGGAAUUCACCCGCCAAGUGCACCGUCUAAUCCGGCUUCUAAUUGCGCACGACUUCGCUCACAACUUCAUGCUCACGUGGGACGGCGGUCGCGGCAAGCUGCGUGCCUUGGUCUACCCUCGGUUGGUGGCGUGCGAAAACAAACAAGUGGCCCCGUUCAAUGUGGCCGCCAGUGAGCUGAGCGGUUUCGUGCCGCUCGGAGUGGAAAGCACGUUCGAGCAGCUGGACGAACGCCGGCUGACGGCGUACUUCCAGGAGGCUCAGGGUAAGGAUCUCUACCGUACGCUGGAUGGCCUGCUGCUGUUGCAGGACGAAAAAAGACCGAACGCCAGGGAUUAACGACCAUUUUCGUCGGACACAAAGCCAACAGCAAGGGUUCGGGUGGAAGCAGAGCGAGGGUUGAUGAAUAAAUUAUUAUUGGCGGAGGGCUUGAUAAAUGGAUUUUCACGUUUCAUCAAUGCGUGCGUGCGUGUGUGUGUGUGUGUGUGGUUGAAAAAAUCGAGCGGGAGUUGCACCUGGGCGCGUCCGCGCCCCCGGGGAGACAAUCGGAUUGCUGUAAUGCGGAUUUUUAAUCUUAUUGCUUGCUUGGGUUGGGUUACCGUUGCGGUGGCCAACGCUGAUAGGAUUCAUCUCGAUUGGUUGCCGAAAGAAAAACGGCUGCUUGUUUAAUAUUUGCAAAUGAGAUUGGUUGUAAUCUGCUGCAAUGGUUCAUAAAUUGAACAUUUUUUUUAUUUAUGCCGGGAUGGGCAGCUAUAAGAGUUUCUCACUUAGUUUAGAAUAUAUUGAUAAAUUGCAAUAAAUUAAUUAUA